AGAGUUCUGAAGCCUCUGAAGUGGUAAUCCUGGAGCGCUGCUGGAUUGUGGAGUUCAGGAGUGAAACAGAUGUUGCAAUAGUUCUCAGUAAUUUCAGAGCGGAGAACCAGAUCUUUACCUUGAAGCUGCAUCAAAGCCAGACUGCGAAUCCUGGGCUGUGGCACUGGGAGAGGCAAACUCGGAAGGUUUGCAGAAUAAAAUUCAGCAGCUCCGGAGGUUGAUCAUGGAAAUCAAAGAGGAGAGAUCAUCAGAUGAAGCACGACAGUUUGUCCCCUCAUCCCAAGUAGAUAGCCUAGGAGAGCCACAGUUUACGAGUAUUCAGAGAAUUGCAAACGAGCCAAAGCUGGAGUUCAGUCUUGCAUGCAAGGAUCUUGUGGCUGCUACCCGUGAUCGGAAGCUGAAUACAUUCAUACAAGUCUCAGUGGUACAUCCAGCAGAGCACAUUUUGACGAGGUAUUCAAGCACUGAAAUCGUGGAGGGUACAAAAGAUCCGCUGUUUUUGACUGGUGUGACAUUCCCACCGGAAUACCCUAUCUAUGAGGAGACUAAAAUAAAACUAACGGUCUAUGAUGUCAAAGAUAAAUCUCAAGACACGAUCUGAGAGGCCUAUUGUGUUUUGCUGACUGUGUUUCUAAAUGCUCUGAGGAGAUAAAUCACUUGGAUAGCGUGCUGGAUGAGAUACAGUAUGGGAGUUAUACAUCAGAAGUCUCUGAAUUGCCUGGCUUUUAAUGUAGCUCUGACCAGCUGGGUUGUAUAGCUCAGAUGUGUGCUUUUUGGGGAUGGUUUCAAUUAGAUAUUGGGCUUUGAAGAGGUAUUAAAAUAGCACAGUGGUUGGAAUACAUAAAAGUAUUCGUUAGGGGGAUACCCCCAGCUGUGAACAGAGGAAGGAAGCUGAGUAAUCCAGUGGUAUGUGGAAUGGGAGACAAGAACCUAUGUUCCUAAUUUUACCCCAGGCUUACUAUAUUAUCACAGGCAAGUCACAAGUAUUGUAUUUCUAUGCCAUAGAGGAUUUGAUUUUUAUGGGAUUACUCCCAGUGCAUGAGAUUAAGUAUGUGUACAUUGGUAGGAUC